AUGCCGCCUGCUCAAGGCCAAGGUGCACUGCCCACAUCGUCUCGAUGGAUAUUGACUGACAACUCUGGCUCAGAUGGGAGCGCCUUAGCAUCGCCAGGCGUCCUGCGUCCCACAUCUAACAGCAAAGCUCCUCUCAGAUACGAUACUCUACUGACGUAUCAAUGCAUUGUGAAGUCGUACGAAGCAUUGAUCCAGAAUCUGCGUCCCAAGUUGGAAAACACUGAGCGAGCCGCUCUUGAUCUCACACUCACAAGCAUCCAUCGACGAUUGCCGGAUGACCUCGCUCAGCAAAUUCGCAGCCAGAACACAGAGCAGCCGGCUGCAAAGAAAGACAGAAAAUCUGCGACUUAUGUAGGCAAGGCUAGUGAUAUUCACUUCUUCAACACCAUUCGCGAGUGCAUUCGCGAACAAGAGGCGAUCGAUCUUGCGAGCGAGGAUCGGGGUGGCGAGCCAUGUUACGACCAGACCGAUAUCCCCGAGAAUCCCAUCUCGUUCGGGAAGCCCCUGCAAUUCCCGUCGCGGGAGGAAGCGGCUCGCUACCUCGAUAUCUACUUCUCGACCAUCCAUGUCGCAUACCCGUUUUUGCGCAAGGCCACCGUGCUCGCCCACUUUGAACGGAUGUGGAGCGAGGAGGAGGUCGACGAGCAGCAGGAUCGUCCCUGGCUCGCACUGCUAAACUUUAUUUUUGCCAUUGGCUCGUAUUAUAUGUCUUUCCCCCAUGACGAAAAGACCGACUUCCAGCCGCAUUUCCAGUAUUUCGAGCAGGGAUUGUAUUUCUCAAAUGAACUGAUGGCAAGCUGCACCUUGACGAAUGUGUGGAUUCUACUAGUCCAGUGUUUCUUUCUUCUCGCAGUCUGUCAGACUGACAGUUGCUGGAAUACACUCGGCUUCGCCAUCCGCAUGGGACAGAGCAUUGGCCUGCACGUUGAGAAUCCUUUAUCCAUGCGAGGACCCGAAGUUUCAUAUGCAACAGAGCGCGAGCUGAGACGACGAACGUGGUACUCGAUGUACGUCUUGGAUCGACUGCUUGCGCUGCAGCUCGGUCGACCCAUGGCCAUCCACGAGGAGGACUUCAACAUCGUAGCCCCCUCCCGAUCGGAAAAGCUGUCGUUCCACACGACUACAGACGCGGAUUCUUCGGAGACGGAGGAUCCAACGCUGCGACCGUCGAUGAUGGACUACUUUAUUAAUGUCAUACAAUUCUCCCACAUUGUGGGGUGGGUGAUUCGCGAGCUGUAUCAGCCUACGCAAGUCGAGUCGUCGCCGGAUAAGAUGCUCUCCAGUGCCUCGUCGCUGGAUAGACGUCUCUCUGAAUGGAAGGCAAGGCUUCCGCGUCAUCUACGCUUUGACCUGGGACAUACGUUCGAGAAGUCGAUUAUCUUUCAACGACAGCGCAACAACGACGCCUUCAUGGCCCUGUUCCAGCGCGACAGUCUGAAGAUCAAAGAAGCGGAGAGGAUCUGCGUAUCCGAAGCGCAGCAGACGGCGCAUCUGCUUCACAACGUAGUCGAUGAGAAGAGUCUCGUUCAUGACUUUCCGUGGUGGCAGAUGAUAUCCUGUCUGAUAUGCGCCAGCUCCAUUCUGUUCGUGGCGGAGACUUUUUUUAAGGACAAUAUCACAGAGUCUGGAGGAGAAGACUCGCAACAACUAUUGCGUGAGGAUGCUGAGACUUGUUUGAAGGUUUUUGAGGCGCUGAGUGUCAAGUCUGCUGCGGCAAAGAAAGCAGUGGACAUGCUGCAGGGGUUGAGGAGAUUGAGAUCGUUAUCAAAAGGUAUGCAGUACUCGUUUACGACUUGCACCUGGCUAAACAAUACGUCCGUCCCAACUCUAGCUACUCGGAACGGGAGAAGGAUUUCGAGUUCCCUUCCUCGCGCAGACCAGGUUGAUGAUUCCUCCUGCACACCUUGCCCGACCGAGCCGUCAGAUUAUGCACCGCUUUUUUCACCGUCCGGAAUGUCUACCGGGGAAUGCUGGCAAUGGCCAAGCGAGAUCUCGAGUACGAUGGAGUGGUCUGUGCAGUUUUUGAAUCCGGCUUAUAUGGCAGCGCAACCGUUUGCCGGAGCGGAUGGUGAUGCAGCACCUGAUGCAGAGAACAUGUUGCCCAGUUGA